UUCGUUCAGUCUUUCCAAACCGGUGUAUGGUUUUCGUGGUGAAUGUUAUGUUGCACGUUUAUUGAUAUUUGUGAUUUUAAUUACGGAGUUCUACUACCCAAUCACUGCGGUGCGGUACGAUCACGGGGUAUUGGCUUUUGCUGUACAAGAUUGUAUACUGUGAAGAAUAUAUCAGUCGACAACCACUGUAUAAGACGGCCCGUGACAAAAUAUAGCUAUCGAGAGAUAUAACCAUGGUACGGCAACAGCAUAAAGUCGUAACUUUUAUAAACAAUUUGAUGAUAUUGGGACAGAAAUGGUUGAUAUUACUAUCAAUAGCACUAAUAUUAGUUGAUUUUUCAAAUUCUUCCAUAACCUGUGGACCAGGCAUAUAUUCACCAGGAGGAACUACUCCGAGUGGUGAUAUUUUCAUCGAAUACAAUAAUGGUACUCCAUUGGAAAUUACAUGCGUUUUAAAUCCUAAUCACGAGCUACUGCAGAGCACGCUUAGUUACGAUGUUGUCGAUAAUGAUAAAUCAAAACUACUAAGCCAGAGAAUCAGGUUCUUUAAGAACGAUGGACGCGUAGCAAAUCAAUAUGUAUCGAUCGUCAAUUCGACGGCGGCCCAAUUGCGCAUACCAAAUCCCCCAGAAAGUUCAGAUGUCUAUACAUGUAUGGUAUGUUUGGAUGAAAACAACCCUAGUAUUGUAUCUAAACUGGCUCGUCUUUCAUCAAUCAGAAAACGAAAUAGCAUUAUAAACUCUAUUGGAUACCAUCCAAAGGAAUCACACGAUACAGACAUCGGAGUGUGCCUUAAUAAUGUUUAUGUCGGAUAUAAGCCUCUCAAUGUUACAAAUUUCUCUUGUGUCUCUAACAACUGGGAAAGUUUAACAUGUAAUUGGACUAAACCGGAGAACCCGAUAAAAACCAAUUAUAAGAUAUACUUCAGAUUGCCCAGUCGUGCUAAAGUCAGAAGUUUCUCAAAUUGUCCUACAGAUUCGGAUGUCAGAGAAAAUACUUGCACUUGGGAUUUGACUACUUCACCGCUAUACAGACAAUCAUAUGAAUACUAUUAUUUCACAGUAAUCGGCGAAAAUCCACUGGGAAUAUCAUCAACGUUAAAUCGUUUUCACCACUAUGCCAAUAUUAUUCCCGCAAGACCAACAAAAAUUUCAGUUAUUGACAAAACAGAAUCGAGUGUCAAGUUAAUGUGGUCUUUAGGUACAAUGUCAUUUUAUUCACACGGAUUAAUUUUUAAGAUUGAAUAUAAAUCUCAAUGGGAUUUCAAUCCUGAACACUGGGACACUAUAAGUGUAAAUGAAUGUGAUUCGAAAUCUCAACAAACCACUUCAGACCAAAAUAUGAACUGUGUAUCACAUGACGCGGACAAGUAUUACUUCAACGUCACCAAUUUAAAAUAUCCAUUUACGCGUUACGAUUUUCGCAUUUACCUUCGGACAACGCUUGCUGAUGAGGAUAAGUGGUCAGCUCCUGGUAACAUCACUGCCGACACCAAGCCCACAAUUCCAAACAGACCACCGCGAACUGACAUUGGGAGCUUUGAAUCUGUCAUUUCGCCAUCGGACAAAUCCAAAAGGGACGUGUUAGUAUAUUGGCAAACUAUUGAAGAAAACGAAAAGUGUGGCGAAUCGUUUGAGUAUAUUGCUUAUUAUGUUUAUACGACAGCAGAUAAACAAACCAUAAAUCGCCGUAGCGACGAAAUGUAUAAAAAUUACGCCAAGUUCAAAGACCUCAGUACCAAAAUCGGCUAUGAGUUUAUAAUAUUAUCAUCCAAUAAAGAAGGUUUUUCUUCAGACCAUUCAAAAGUUUACGUACCUAGCGAAACAGACAAACUUGAAAAACCAUUAUCAUUAACAAAAAAUGUAUUUGACAAACAAGGGAUUUUCGAACUAUCCUGGAAACGCGCAGAUGCUCAGAAAUUAUCCACUGUUAAUCGACUAAACUAUUAUACAAUAUUUUGGUGCGAAAAAGACAUGGUCUAUCCACAGCAGUGUAAUGGUUAUAUGAAUUGGAUGCAUGUACCGAUUACAGUAUCUUCUUACAAUACUACUGUAAUUGACAACAUGGAAAAAUAUAUUUUUGCAAUAAGUGCCAACAGUGAAAAUCCUGCCAAGAAUGAUUUAAAUAACCUUGAAAAUAGUAGUAGCGGAAUGGCGUGGGAAUCAUACGAUGACAAUGUAGAGAACGUUUGGGUUAGUAUGGUUGGCUCGACAUUUGUGGGUUUGAGCUGGAAAGUCUACUGUGACGACAACACUGGUUUAGUUAUUGGAUAUCACGUAUUUUACUGUUCCAUAAUUUCCAAAAAAAAUACCCUUUGCAAAGGACCUAUGACCGUGAAAACAAUGAAUGAAGUUCACGAAGAAAAAUGUGCGGGUUCUAUGUUAGUUUCAAAUCUAAAACCCUCAUCGGCAUAUUUAGUAGCAAUUUCAUUUAUUACGAGUAACGACCUAACUAUACAUUUUGAAAUUCCCAUUUCUACAUUAAAUGGACCAAUAUUUACAUGAAAAUAUUAUAAAACUAAUUGAGUACAAAUAUAUUAUUAUAAUU